AUGACACUUGGCAGAUACUCUGCAGUGGAAAGAUUGAUUUGGCCCUGGACACCUGAGGAAGAUAAGCUUCUUACUCAAUAUGUAAGCCAAUAUGGUGAGGGAAGAUGGAGUUCUGUCGCCAGGUCUUCAGGGUUGAAUAGGAGUGGAAAGAGCAGCAGGCUAAGGUGGGUGAACUAUUUGAGGCCUGGACUCAAAAGAGGCCAUAUAACACCACAGGAGGAAGGAAUUAUCAUUGAACUCCAUGCCCUUUGGGGGAACAAAUGGUCUGUCAUAGCCCGGUAUCUUCCGGGAAGAACAGACAAUGAAAUAAAAAACUACUGGAGAAUCCAUUUCAAGACAAGAGGCAAGCCUUCUGAAAAGAAGAAAAUUUUUAGCCAAGAAGAACAAAAUGGUGGGAACUCCAUUCCAGCAGAUCCCAUGAGUGAUGUAAAUAUAUUUGAUACACCAAGCAUUAAGCAAGAGACAGUAAUCCCAUAUCAAACACUGGAUAACCAAUUCUUGCCUAUGAUGUAUCAAGAUAUUACAUCGCGUUCAGAUAUUGCUGUUGAUGAAUAUCUGUGGGGAGGCUUGUGGCACCUCGAUAUAUGA